AUGUUCUAUUUCAUUCCAGCCGUGGUAUUUUUCCGCUCUGCCUUAAUUGGAAACAUCCCCAGCUCAACGGUAUCGAGAUACUAUGAAGCCAGUUUUGUCUUGUGUUUCAUCUUAGUCCUCUUGACUAGUACUGCUACUGUGGGUGAUAAACCAGGCCAUAUUUACGUCACUUCGGAUGGAACCACUCCUUCUCCUGAAACUGUCUCCAGCCUUUUGUCCUUCUCCACAUAUUCGUGGAUUGACAAAAUGAUCUGGAAAGCUAGCAAAGCACCACUUGCCAAGGAAGAUAUUUGGGGAUUGCGCGAAGACGAUUACGCUUUGCAUGUUCUUCAAGAUUUUGAAAGCAAACAUUCCACUAUGCGCUUUACAUUCAAGUUGUUUAGCCACUUCAAAGUGUUGUUUAUGUUCCAGGCAUUCUGGGCACUCCUUGAGUCUAUCAUUGUUUUUGCUCCAAGUAUACUCUUGAAGAAGAUUUUGGAGUACGUCUCGGACCCUACCGUCACCUCCAAAAGUGUCGCUUGGUGCAUUGUUAUACUUAUGCCCUUGGCUAAAAUGGCGGACUCCACCGCGUCUGGCUUUUCGCUUUUCCUUGGAAGACGUGUUUGUGUCCGCAUGAGAGCGAUUAUCAUUGGUGAAGUUUACGCUAAGGCCUUGCGUAGAAAAAUUACUGUUCAAGAAACCGAAGACCCUGAGACUGAAAAAACCGAUAAGGAUGCAGAGUCUAAAGCUGAUUCCAAAGAUGCGUCACGUACUGCUGAAUUGGGUGCCAUCAUUAACUUGAUGGCCAUCGAUGCAUUCAAAGUUUCCGAAAUUUGCGGUUAUUUGCACUUUUUCGUUGGCUCCAUCUUGAUGCUUGUUUUCUGUAUUGGUUUGUUAUACGCAUUGUUAGGAUGGAGUGCUUUAGCUGGUGGUGCCGCUAUCAUUGUUUUAUUGCCCAUGAACGUGAUGUUUUCUCGUUGGUCUGCAGAUGUGCAAAAGGUCAUGUUAGGUACUACCGAUAAGCGUAUCCAGAAAAUGAAUGAGACUUUCCUGAGCAUCCGGAUCAUUAAGUUUUUCGCUUGGGAGGACAAUUUCUUCCGUGACAUUAUGAAUAUCAGGCGCGAGGAAUUGCACUAUUUGCGGCUCAGAACUAUUUUGUGGGUGGCCCAAACUUUCCUUUGGUUUUUCGUUCCUACUUUGGUAACAGUGAUUUCCUUUUACUGUUAUACUGUUAUCCAAGGCAAUGAAUUGACUGCUUCUAUUGCCUUUACAGCGUUGUCUUUGUUUACCUUGUUGAGAUCACCUUUGGACCAAUUGGCUGAUAUGAUUGCUGUUGUGAUUCAAUCGAAGGUCUCGCUUGACCGUGUUAGUGACUUCGUUGGAGGAGGCCGAAACAUCGAAGUAUGA